UGUGCCCAGUAUGGAUUAAAUUGUCAAUGACGGAGGAGGAGAAUAAACGAGUCAAAAUGUGGUUUUACAGGAGAACGCAAUUCCCUGGCGUUAUUAUGUGUGUGCACGGCACGCACAUUAAAAUACUUCCUCCUGCACACGAACCGUAUUUGUACUACAAUCGUAAGGGAUACUAUAGCCUAAAUGCAAUGGUGAUUUGCGAUAACAAGAUGCAAAUAAGAUGUGUUGAUGCUCGGUUUCCAGGCAGUAGCUACGACUCACAUGUGUGGAAUGUAAGCGCUGCAAAAACCUAUUUUGAAGAGAGAUAUCGGCAAGGAGACAAAACAACUUGGAUAUUAGGCGAUGCUGGAUAUCCAUUACAGCCGUGGUUAAUUACACCAUUCCGUACUCCUGUGGCAGGAAGUAGAGAAAGCGCCUUCAACAAAACGCACAGUAAAGCGCGCAACAUAGUCGAGCGAGUCAUCGGCGUUUUGAAAAAUAGAUUUCGAUGCCUGCUAAGUGCUCGCCAACUACAUUAUUCACCCCAAAAAGUGGUAUGCGCAUUGCAUAACAUGUGCAUCCACUACAACGUAGAAGAUAAUACACCUGAUAUUAUGGAUGAUGAAUAUGAAGAUGUAAAUGAAGAGGAAGCGCCAUCAGAAUUUUCCAGAGAAGCGUCAGACAUAAGAAUGCGAAUUUUGAGAUCAUUACCUAACUAAUGAAAACAAUCCCAUAACUUUGU